AUGUGGUCGUUGAAUGUUGCUGAUCCAGUGGUGUUGAACUUCUCAAAUCAGGCUAUAAUUGUUGGUGUUAAUGGUGUUCAUAUUUCUAUUGUUAAUGCUAGUUCGGUUCAGGUUACUAGAAGAACGUUAUGGAAUCAGUUGGAUAUGGGUGAUCAUAGAGUUCCUUGGUUAGUCAUUGGUGAUUUUAAUUGUGUUCUUCGGAAUGAAGAGAGGGGGGGGGGGAUUCCAAGAACUUCAGUUGUGAAUGAAUUCAGUGAUUGGUUGGAUGAUAUUAAUCUUUUUGAGGCGGAGUCUUUGGGUAACAAGUUUACUUGGACUAAUAGGCAGUCGGGGGUUAGAAGAAUUAUUAGUAGACUUGAUCAUGCAGUGAUUAAUGAGUUUUGGUUAAAUCGUUUUGAGAAAUGGCGGUGUAAAGCUCUUCCCAGGGAAGUUUCCGAUCAUUCUCCUCUUAUUGGUUAUCCUUUCGUCAACUCUAGAUCGCGUUUGGCUCCUUUUCGGGUUCAAAAGAUGUGGUUUGGACAUCCGGAUUUUAUGCCUAUGAAGUUGUGGAAUCAAGAGGUUUUUGGUAAUGUGAAUGUCAGAUUGAAGCAAGCUCAACUAAGACUUGAGAGUGCUCUGAGGUUAACAGAUGAAGACCCUUCAGAUGUUGACAAAUUAAAUUUGAUGAGAAGUGCAGCGGUAGAAGUUAAUGAUACUCGUAUGCAGCAGGCUACGAUGUUAAAGCAAAAAUCUAAAAAUAAUUGGCUGGUGGAAGGGGCUAGUAAUACUAGUUUCUUUCAUAAUUCUAUUCGUAUUCGAAGGAGUAGUAAUACUAUUUCGGAGUUGGUGGAUGUUGAACCUCUGUUUGAUAUUGAUCAUCCUAGCAUCUCGGAGGAGGAGUGUGCUAAUAUGGAUCAGUUACCUUCUUUUGAGGAGAUUCAUAAGGCUGUUUUCGAGUUGGGAGCUGAUAGUGCUCCUGGUCCGGAUGGCUUUGCUGGCUUUUUCUAUAGGCAUUGUUGUGAGAUUAUUCGUGAUGACUUGAUUCUUGCUACUAGGCUUGGUAGUGUGCUGGACAAUUUAAUUUCAGAGGAGCAAGUGGCUUUUAUGAAAGGUAUGAAUAUUCAUGAAAAUAUUAGUCUUGGUUCGGAGAUGGUUAAUGAAACUCAGAUCAGACGCAAGGAUGGUAACGUGGGUUUAAAACUUGACAUUACACAAGCGUUUGAUACUGUGAGUUGGUUAUUUAUCUUGGAGGUUUUCAGAAGAUUUUUUUUAUCGGAUAAUUGGUGUUAUUGGAUAUUACAAAUUUUAAAAUCUUCUAGAAUUUCGGUGUUGGUUAAUGGUAAUCCGGAAGGUUUUUUCAGUAUUGAUAGAGGUCUUCGUCAGGGUGAUCCUUUGUCUCCUCUUAUUUUUGUGUUGGUUGAAGAUGUCUUAAGCAAAAAUAUUACGAAGCUCUUUCCUGAUGGUAAUAUGACUCAUAUGGUUCGUAGAAAAGGUGUUGUUCCUACUCAUUUAUUUUUUGCUGAUGAUAUUAUGAUUUUCUGUAAAGGAAACAUGAAGAGCUUUAGAAAUCUGGUGGGUUUAUUGGGCUUGUAUCAGCGUGCUUCGGGGAAGACGGUUAGUAGAGAAAAGAGCAAACUCUAUUAUGGAGGGGGUUCUUUGAAUAGUAGAACUACGGUUGCUGAUUUCUUAGGGAUGCCUAUUGCUUCUUUUCCUGAUAGGUAUUUAGGUGUUAAGGUGAUGUCGGGUGAUGUUAGGUAUCAUCAUGUGGCGAACGUUGUUGAGAAGAUAAAAGAGCAAUCAACUGGCCGGAAAGGUAGAUUGCUUUCUUUUCAAGAUAGAAUUGUGUUGGUUAAAUCAGUGAUUGCAAGUUACUCCAUUCAUAAUAUGGAUGUUUACAAGUGGCCGCGCAAGUUUGUUCAUGAAUGUGAAGUUGUUAUUCGGAAUUUUCUCUGGUCUGGUGAUUCUAAGGUGAAUAGAUCUUUUGUUGCAGCUUAUGAUAAAAUUUGUGCUCCCUAUGAUGAAGGUGGUUUGGGUUCAACUCAAAUGGGGGUUAUGAAUAAGGCUCUUCUUAUGAGUCUGUGGUGGAAAAUUCGUAGCUCUAAAAAGGUUUGGGCUCGUUUCUUACGUGCUAGAUUUUUCAAGAGAAAUGGAAAAUUGGUGCGUUAUGUCAAAUCUUCCAUUCUCCCUGGGAUCAAGUAG